AUGUUGCCGAAACAGGAGAUGCGAGUCGAAGCGGAAGCCGAAACUAAGCUUAUCGAUGCCGAUCGGAGGGGUUCGGAGCCCGCUCUCCGAGUCUUCGAGGACGCAGCUCGAGACAAUGCAAGCAAUCAGGAGGUGACCUCCGAGGUGGACGAAUGGGGUCAGACAUGGUACUCCCGGUUUGCACCUGUACAAGCUGCCUUCCAGACAAGCUCGAUGCCACCGGGCGCUUUCAUUGCGUCACGCGACGUCAACACCGGCGGGUCCAAGAUGUAUACCGCGUUUAACAGCACACAAGCCUUCGAGGAGUACACUGCGAGGAUGAUCGCAAGCCGCCGAACGCCGCACUUGUACGAGAUCCUGCUCGCUUCAGAAGCUUCUUGGCUCUACUCGGACCUCGACUACACGUCGCGUGCCGACGAUCCACAUGACUUUCUCGAGAGGCUUCACCAUCUCCACCGCCUCCUCGAGCACUUCUGCACCCACGUCAUGCAACUUCCUUCCGGUCUACUCCAGGGCCCCCAAGUUGCUGCAUCCCACGGAGCCCUUUCCCAUGGUCUUUACAAGAACAGCGUUCACGAGGUUUGGAAAGGAGUCUACUUCUCGGAUCUGGAGGCACGUGCGGAAUUCAAGACGGCCUUCAGCCACUUCUUGGACCACCCCCCUGCAGAGCUAGCACGCAGCGCCGAGUUCAUUGGCUACACGAAGCCCGACAGCGGAAAGAGAGAAAAGAUCUGGGAUGAUUCCGUCUACUCGAGGAAUCGAAACUGGCGCACCCUCCGCUCAAGCAAACUUGGAAGCACGCGCAUCCUCUGCCCAGACGAGAGUAGCUCUGAGCGUGUCUCCGACCACCUCAUCGGAGUUCGCGAUGAGCAAGAACUGGCGCGCGCGCACAAGAUCGACGUCCGACCGCUGCAACGAUAUAAUGAAGCGGCUGGAGUGGGUGGUACCUCGAGUCGCACGGCGCAGGGCCGUGUCAACGAGCGACAGAUCCCUCUUCGGUAUUUCUCCAAGCAGCAUGAACCACUGGAACGGGACCUCGGCCCGGAGGAGAGAGCGCGCCUCCUCAG